AUGAUGGGGAGAUUGAUAAACUUGUCAUUGUUGGUGUUGGCGAUAUCAAUGAUAACUCCAAAUAAUCCUUUUAAAACAGCUGGUGCUUUUAGUAUAAUCGGAUACCUCGUAACGGUAACUAUCAUACCCAGAGUAGGUAACUCGUUUAUUAAAAUAGGAUUGAAAGGUAGAGACAUGUCAAAACUGGGAAACCCCCCUGAAAUCCCUGAAACAAUGGGGGUAGUUAGUGCUAUCACCUACUUGUUCUUGAUGUUUGGAAUGAUUCCUUUUGUGUUUUUCAAGUAUUUGGUGUCGUACCUGAAUUUGGCUAAUGAUGCUUAUCAGACUAAUAAUUACUUGGAACAAUAUGAAUCUAUUGAUGAUACAAAGCUUUUUCCUCAUAAUAAGUUAUCCCAGUAUUUAAGUGCUAUCAUUUGUUUACAAGGAACCAUCUUAUUGGGAUUAUUUGAUGAUUUAUUCGAUAUAAGAUGGAGACACAAAUUCUUUUUACCUGCAGUUGCAUCUUUACCUUUAUUAAUCGUUUAUUACGUUGAUUUUAGUGUUACCUCAAUUGUUAUCCCAUCAUUCGUCACAUCCCACAUUCCUUUUGGUUUAGGUGAUGUUCUAUUAUCAAUUUUGAAUGAAGUUGUCAGAUUAGGUAAUCAUGCAGCCACUUAUGUUACUGGACUUUCUUUCAAUACUUUGUCCACUGACUUCCUUGUACCUAAAGAUGAUCCUAAAUUAUUAGAUUUAGGGAUUUUCUAUUAUAUUUAUAUGUCAGCCAUUUCAAUUUUCUGUCCUAAUUCCAUCAACAUUUUAGCAGGUAUAAAUGGUUUAGAAGUUGGUCAAUCGGUGGUUCUCUCCAUUAUCUUUUUAUUGAAUGAUUUUUGUUAUUUGUUCACUUUAGAUUCUAAUAGUGCAGCUUAUGAUUCCCAUUUGUUUUCAAUGAUCUUUUUAGUUCCAUUCUUAGGUGUAAGUUUAGGAUUAUUGAGAUUCAAUUGGUUCCCAUCAAAAGUUUUCGUGGGUGACACUUACUGCUAUUUCAGUGGAAUGGUAUUUGCUCAAGUUGGGAUCUUGGGUCAUUUCUCCAAAACUUUAUUGAUCUUCUUCUUACCUCAGAUCAUCAAUUUCAUCUACUCAGUUCCUCAAUUAUUCCACAUUGUUCCUUGUCCUAGACACAGAUUACCCAAAUAUAACGCCAAAGAUAAUUUGAUGUAUCCCAGUUAUGGAGAAAUAUCUGCAUUGUCAGGAAAGAAGUUAGCAUCAGCCACUUUCUUACUCAAAACUUUUUCAUUCUUCAAAUUCAUCGAUUUGAAAAAGGACCCUCAAGGUAAUAUCACCGAAUUCUCCAAUAUGACCAUUAUAAACUUGAAUCUUGUAUGGUUUGGUCCUUUAAGAGAAGAUACCUUAUGUAUGUUAAUCCUUUCCCAACAACUAGUCCUAGGUGUCACCAUGAUCUUAGUUAGACACACCAUUGGUCCAUGGUUAUUUGGUUAUGAUAACCUUACAUUUAGAAUUAAAUAA